AGGCCCCGCUGCGUCUCCCCCGCCGCAGGCGCAGGCCCAGCGGAGCCGGCCGCUGAGCGGGUGCGGGUGCGGACGCACCGGCCAUCACCGCGCGGCCGAGCAGCCGACACCGUGCUCACCUGAGGCGCCCUGGGAGCGGGGCAGCCAGCAGAACGGAAGGCCAUGUCCCAUGAAAAGAGUUUCUUGGUGUCUGGGGACAACUACCCUCCCCCCAACCCUGGAUAUCCUGGAGGGCCCCAGCCCCCCAUGCCUCCCUAUGCCCAGCCUCCUUACCCUGGGGCCCCUUAUCCACAGCCCCCUUUCCAGCCCUCCCCCUAUGGUCAACCAGGGUAUCCCCACGGCCCCAGCUCCUACCCCCAAGGGGGCUACCCUCAGGGCCCCUACCCCCAAGGGGGCUACCCUCAGGGCCCCUACCCCCAAGGGCCUUAUCCACAGAGCCCUUUCCCCCCCAACCCCUAUGGACAACCGCAGCCCUUCCAGCCACAGGACCCUGACUCCCCACAGCUUGGAAACUAUCAGGAGGAGGGGCCCCCAUCCUACUAUGACAACCAGGACUUCCCUGCUGCCAACUGGGAUGACAAGAGCAUCCGGCAGGCCUUCAUCCGGAAGGUGUUCCUGGUGCUGACCCUGCAGCUGUCAGUGACCCUGUCCACAGUGGCUGUGUUCACUUUUGUUGGGGAAGUGAAGGGCUUCGUCCGGGAGAACGUCUGGACCUACUACGUCUCCUACGCCAUCUUCUUCAUCUCCCUGAUUGUCCUCAGCUGUUGUGGGGACUUCCGGCGAAAGCAUCCCUGGAACCUUGUGGCACUGUCAAUCCUGACCAUCAGCCUGUCCUACAUGGUGGGCAUGAUAGCCAGCUUCUAUAACACCGAGGCGGUCAUCAUGGCUGUGGGCAUCACCACGGCUGUCUGCUUCACAGUGGUCAUCUUCUCCAUGCAGACCCGCUACGACUUCACCUCAUGCAUGGGCGUGCUCCUGGUGAGCAUGGUGGUGCUCUUUAUCUUUGCCAUCCUCUGCAUCUUCAUCCGGAACCGCAUCCUGGAGAUCGUGUACGCCUCACUGGGUGCCCUGCUCUUCACCUGCUUCCUGGCAGUGGACACACAGCUGCUGCUGGGGAACAAGCAACUGUCCCUGAGCCCAGAGGAGUACGUGUUUGCAGCACUGAACCUGUACACAGACAUCAUCAACAUCUUCCUGUACAUUCUCACCAUCAUUGGCCGCGCCAAGGAGUAGCCUGUUCCCCCAGCUUGCUAUGCCCUGCUCAGGUGGCAUGGCUGGCCUGGACCCUGCCCCUGGCAUGACAAUGCCACCUGUACUUCCCUCUUUCUGGUCCCAGACACAGCCUAGGGCAGGGGGAUCCCCUCUCUGACCCUCCUGUACGUACACUGCAGAUACUUCCGUUUGGACCCACUGUGGCCACAGCAUGGCCCCUUUUAGCCCUCCAGCCCCACUUAAGGGGCAGUAGGGCUGCGUUUCUGUGCCACCUCCUGUUGACUCAUUGUUGCAUGAGCCCUGUCUGCCAGCCCACCCCAGGGUCUGGGGGCAACACCAGGUCCCAGGGGAGAGGGAUUGAGCCAAGAGGUGAGGGUGCACGUCUUCCCUCCUGUCCAGCUCCCCAGCCUGGCAUAGAAUAUCCCCUUUCCCUCCCCACCUCCACCUGGAGCAUUGCUCUCAGGGACACACAGGUUGGGGGUCUCAUUCCUGUGCUGAGCCCUGAGAGCAGAGAAGAUGGCAUGUUUCAGGAAAGGAGGAAGCCUUCCUCUCGUCCUGCUGUCAUUAAAAUUCCAAUAAAUGGGAUCUUCUGCUCUCUGCUUCUCA